AUGCCUCAGUGGAUAUUCCCUCAACAGCAAGGUACUGCCAACGCUACGACAAAUGUAGCACCAACUGCUGGCACCUUCAAUGCCAACGACUUCUCUGAAGGAAUUUGGCGCAAGCUUUCCACCAUCGGUCCCAGUUUUUGCACAGAUUUGCGCACUCCGAACGGAAGAGUAAAGCACAGCGCCUUAGAGGCUGAGCCCAAUCUCCACCAGAAUGUGUUGAAGAACACUAGCAGUGCCGCAUCAGCCGCUGGUUUGACAAGGCUUCUCAAUAUUGCCCACCAAAGAGGCGAAGUGCCACUGCAGCAACUCGAGCCGCUGAGAGACUGCGCUAUGCAAGCUCAGUCGAACAAUGCAGUCACACCAGUCAACAACACACUAGUCAACACCACACAGGUCACCUUUCCCACGGCACUCUUCCGAACUUUGCUUGUACCAAUUCCAAAGCCGUCCAGCGGAAAACCGCCUCCCAUUGUCAUCAACCGGACUGACCCGAUCCGGGACGAGCUCUCCAACCUUGGCUCCAACCUGCAUACAGACCUGAAGAGGAGUCUUGCCAAGGGCAUGAUCCGGGCAGCUGAGCCCAACUUCGAACAGCGUGUGCUGGAUGUUAUCUAUACAGUUGCAUCCUCAGAUGGUCUGAUCGAGUUUCUGAAGUUCCAUCGCGGACUCAGCCGCGAACUUGGUCAUCCGUGGAUCGAAGAACUCUGUAACGGCCGAAAGUGUCGUUGA